GGAUAUGUAAAACAUUGAUGAUCGAUAUUACGAUCCUAACCUUAUAGUUCGUGACAGGCAAUUUUCGGUGUUAUUUGAUCGUGUUGUAAGGCUAAGUGAUAUUAAAAAAAAGUUAUUUAUUAAAAUGGAAUGUUUAAUUGGUAUUCAAUUUAAAGAUUUUGUGUUAGUUGCGGCUGAUAUGACUACAGCUCAAUCCAUUAUGGUUAUGAAAAACGAUGAAGAAAAGAUUCAUAAAAUGUCUGAUAAGCUUAUUAUGGCAGUAUCAGGAGAAUCUGGAGAUACUACACAAUUUUCAGAAUAUAUAGGGAAGAAUAUACAACUUUAUAAAAUGAGAAAUGGUUAUGAAUUAUCUCCAAAAGCAGCUGCAUUAUUUACUAGAAGAAAUUUGGCAGAUUAUCUUAGAAGUAGAACACCAUAUUUUGUCAAUUUAUUAAUGGCUGGUUAUGAUGAUAAUACUGGACCGGAAUUAUACUUCAUUGAUUAUUUAGCAUCGUGUGUUAAGGUGCCUUAUGCGUCACAUGGUUAUGGAGGCUUUUUCUCUCUUUCUAUUUUGGAUAGAUAUCAUAAAUAUGAUUCAACAGAAGAAGAAGCAUAUACACUAAUGAAACGAUGUGUUAGAGAAAUACAUAAGAGAUUGAUAGUUAAUCUUCCAAACUUUAAGGUACAAAAAGUAUCUAAGGAAGGUAUAAAAGAAUUGGAACCUAUCACAGCAAAAAAUUUGGCAAUAGAAGAUGCAGAUAAAGCAUAAAGUAUCUAUUUUUAUUUACAUUAUUUGUAAUAUUAUCAAUACAAAAAAUAAAGAUGUUAAAAUAUCUUAUA